AUGCUGCUCUUCGGCGUCUCGCUCGCCUGCUACUCGCCUACCCUCAAGUCGGUGCAGGACCAGGCGUACACGGCGGCCGUGGUGCUGGAGGGCAAGGUGCAGUCCGUGGCCCCCCCCGCAGGCGGCGGCAAUGACAGCCGCGGCGCCUCCGGCCCCGCCGGGGGGGUCCUGGUGAAAGUGCUGGACCUGUGGCCCCUCAACAGCGGCGGGCUGCAGCGAGAGCAGCUCAUCAGCGUGGGCUCCAAGGCGCCCUGCUUCAAAGUGAAGCGCAACCACCGCUACAUCUUCUUCCUGGAGCCCACGGAGGAGCCGCUCGUCUUCCGCACCGCCUUCGCCCCGCUCGACACCAGCGGCAAGAACCUCAAGCGGGACGUGGCGCGGAUCCUCUGCGCGGACUGCGCUGUCCCUCCCAAACUGAAGAAACUGAAAAGCCCAAACGUGCACGUUGGUGAAAAGAUCUCACUGAAAUGUGAGGUGACUGCUGGCAACCCUCAGCCAUCCUACAAAUGGUUUAAAGAUGGCAAAGAGCUGAAGAAGAGCAAAGACAUCCGGAUCAAGUAUGGGAAUGGGAAAAAGAUUUCCAGACUGCAGUUCAACAAGGUGAAGCUGGAAGAUGCUGGGGAGUACAGCUGCGAAGCGGAGAACGUUUUAGGGAAAGACACCGCAAAAGGCAGCCUGAAUGUGAGAAGUGUAACCACAACUCUCUCCUCCUGGUCUGGGCAUGCUAGAAAAUGCAACGAAACAGCCAAAUCCUAUUGUGUCAAUGGAGGAGUAUGCUACUACAUCGAAGGGAUUAAUCAGCUGUCUUGCAAAUGUCCAAAUGGAUUCUUCGGACAGAGAUGUUUGGAGAAACUGCCUUUGCGAUUGUACAUGCCAGAUCCUAAGCAAAAGCAUCUUGGAUUUGAAUUAAAGGAGGCAGAGGAGCUCUACCAGAAAAGAGUUCUAACCAUCACAGGAAUCUGUGUUGCCUUGCUUGUGGUGGGCAUCGUCUGUGUGGUAGCUUACUGUAAAACCAAGAAGCAAAGAAAACAGAUGCAUAAUCAUUUACGACAGAACAUGUGUCAAGCCCAUCAGAACAGGAGCCUUGCAAAUGGGCCAAGCCAUCCGCGUUUGGAUCCAGAGGAAAUCCAAAUGGCUGAUUAUAUUUCUAAGAAUGUUUCUGCCACUGAACACGUCAUCCGGAGGGAAACAGAGACAACUUUUUCAGGAAGUCACUCCUGCUCACCGUCACAUCACUGCUCCACAGCCACUCCAACAUCCAGCCAGAGACACGAAAGCCACACCUGGAGCCUGGAGCGGACGGAGAGCCUGACUUCCGAUUCCCAGUCCGGGAUCAUGCUGUCCUCAGUGGGAACCAGUAAAUGCAACAGCCCUGCCUGCGUGGAGGCGCGGGCCCGCCGCGGGGCUGCCUUCUGCAUUGAGGACUCGCGGCGGCCCACAGCGCAGUACCGCGACUCGGUGGACUCACUGCGGGACUCACCGCACAGCGAGAGGUACGUGUCAGCCCUGACCACACCAGCACGCCUGUCGCCCGUCGACUUCCACUACUCGAUGGCGGCGCAGGUGCCCACCUUCGAGAUCACCUCCCCCAACUCCGCGCACGCCGUCUCCCUGCCGCCAGCAGCCCCCAUCAGCUUCCGCGUGGAGGAGCAGCAGCCCCUGCUGCGGCAGUACCAACUGCCCUUCCAGGACACGCAGCGCUACGACAGCUACUACCAAAGGAAGACCUACCUGAACGACAGCAUGGGGAGCCUGCCCUCCAGCCCCUUCCGCAUCACGGAGGACGACGAAUACGAGACGACGCAGGAGUACGUCACAGCGCUAGAGCAGCCAAAGAAAACAGCCAGCAGCAACAGGCGGUGGAAAAAGUCCAAACUGAACGGGCACGUCCCCCACAGAGCCAGAGCUGUCCGGGACUCCUUCUCCUUCAGCAGCGCCUCUUACAGCGAGUCUGAUGAGGAGCUGGUGGCCGAGAGCACGCCCUUCCUAAGCACUCAGAACAAUGAGGCGACAAACACAGAGUCGCCGCCGCUCCACCGGCCGGGCGACAGCCGGACUCAGCACCCGUACAGCCGGCACAGCGCCCACGGUGGCAGCGGGCGCAGCAGCCUGGCGCACACGACGCCCAAACGAGAGCCCGACCCCCUCUAGGCGCCCGGCAGACGCACCGCACAGGGGAGGCGGCGGAGGGAGGCGGAACAAACACGAGACAAAAAUAAAUAUUUUUAU